AAGUUCCGCCAUAUUGCAGUGGAAAAUCUUAAAUGGCGUCGUUUCCCUAUGUCCUCAGCCCGAGCUAGUUUUACUAGCGAUUGCCAGUCAUUUUUUCCCGCUGCCCGCAAAUAACAGUUGUGAACGUAAUACAGCGGACUUAGCGCGUGACUUAUAAUCUUCGUCUAUUCAUUAGGCAGUUGUUGAAAAUUUGAUACUUUUUUCUCUCCCCCCCCCCCCCUAUCGAACGAAGCGUAGAGGCCCAAAUGGCGUUAGCCAUCAGAAUCACUGACGGGAUUAUAGUGUGAAAAACUAGUCACUAGAACGUUUUUCCACUCGCACCCAUCUCUGUACUGCUGUACCCAUCAAAAAGAUACAGGCAGCACAGCUCUCAUCUUUGAUAUAUUAAAAUAAUAUACAAAUUAUUAAAGAGAUUUCUGAAGCAGAGGUUGUGUCGAGUGUCAAGUGUCUUCGACUGUGUCAGGUGUGUCUUCUGUGUGCAGACUGUAGUGUAACAGCUAUGUUCUUGGCGUGAGUCAAGCUCUCAUCAUACAACUGAAAAUGAGCGGACGGCCGCGCACCACCUCGUUUGCUGACAAGACCUCUUUAAAUCCUUCAUUUGGUAAAGAUGGGAGCAAGAUCACCACAGUGGUGGCAACCCCUGGGCAAGGACCUGAUAGAGCUCAAGAAGUGGCUUACACAGAUGCUAAAGUAAUUGGUAAUGGCAGUUUUGGUGUUGUCUAUCAAGCCAAACUUUGUGAGACCGGUGAACUGGUGGCCAUCAAAAAAGUUCUUCAAGACAAGCGGUUCAAAAAUCGCGAGCUGCAGAUUAUGCGGCGCCUGGAACACUGUAACAUCGUCAAGUUGAAAUACUUUUUCUAUUCCAGUGGAGAAAAGAAAGAUGAGGUGUUUCUCAACUUGGUUUUGGAAUUUAUUCCUGAAACAGUUUACAAAGUGGCACGUCACUAUAGCAAAUCCAAACAGACUAUUCCUAUCAGUUUUAUCAAACUAUACAUGUAUCAACUCUUUCGGAGUCUGGCCUACAUCCAUUCGUUGGGCAUAUGCCACCGAGACAUUAAACCACAGAAUUUGUUGCUCGAUCCCGAGUCGGGCGUGCUAAAGCUCUGCGAUUUCGGAAGUGCUAAGCACUUAGUUCAGGGCGAGCCCAACGUCUCGUACAUUUGUUCUCGUUAUUAUCGGGCUCCCGAACUCAUUUUCGGAGCCACUGACUACACCACGAAUAUCGAUGUUUGGAGUGCUGGUUGCGUUUUGGCCGAGUUGCUUUUAGGCCAGCCAAUUUUCCCUGGCGAUUCCGGGGUCGAUCAGUUGGUAGAGAUUAUCAAAGUCUUGGGCACUCCCACGCGAGAGCAAAUCCGUGAAAUGAAUCCAAACUACACCGAAUUUAAGUUUCCUCAGAUCAAAGCACAUCCUUGGCAAAAGGUCUUCCGUGCUCGGACGCCAUUGGAAGCGAUCGAUUUAGUCUCGCGUCUCUUGGAAUACACCCCCUCCGCACGUAUAUCUCCUUUGGAGGCGUGUGCUCACACCUUCUUCGAGGAACUUAGGGAUCCUCAUACGAGGUUACCAAAUGGGCGAGAACUGCCCGUCCUCUUCAACUUCACUGAGCAUGAACUAAAGAUCCAGCCAGCCCUGAACGCUCUGCUGAUUCCGCCCCACAUGCGAGGCGCUAGUGGUUUGAUGGGUGUCAUGAACGCUGCGUCUCCGUCUCAGGAUUCCUCAGCCACAGGGUCUCCUAAUUCGGCAGGUGGACCGGAAGGAUCUUCGGCAGCAGGAGCUUCUGGGGCCACAGGAGGUCACAUUCACUCACCACCUGAUGUCUGCGCUGCGACCGGUGAGACUCUAGGAGCUGUCGGUACUGCAUAAGAAGACAACAUACGAUAAGAAGAAACAAAAAACAACAGAAAGAAUUUAAAUAACUAUCUCCUCAGACAUGCAUGGCAGAAAACAGGAGCUGAACCAAGGAAGAAAGGGGAAAUUUUUUUUCUUUUUUUUCAACUAAAUGAAAAGUUUUUAAAAGCUAGAGAAGUCUUAAUUAUCGAUUGCAACCGCUGCCAUGGUAACAAUCAUUAAGCGUCAAACGAAACAAAACACAAGAUAGAGGACAGGAGUGAAACCCUUCAUCGUUGAAGAAAGGAACGAAUGAAACAAAAGAAAAGGGCCAGACUCUUUUUGAAACCUCCCAACAGCUAAAAAAAAUAUUGUAAUUUGUAACAACAAGCAAACUUAGAUUUCAGGACAUUAGUCUCUUGUUGAGCGCGGGAAAGUAUAUUCCUUCGAAUUUAUCGCCCGGGGCUGCUGCUGGACGACUUUCAUUAGGUCCAGCAUCGCAGACGUCCCCCUACCCAUGAUUUAUUUCCCACAUCAUUUUUUUUUUACUUUUUUUUUUUCCUAUUUCGAACCCCAUCAUACCAAAUCGACGGAUAGCGGAGGAUGUGUAGUUUAUUGCGAGUCCCUCUGCAAGUAAAAAAAAAAAGAAAAACAAAAUUAAUUCACGUAUUGUAGACUGUGUCGUCCUUACCCCUCUCCCCUCCAUCCCAACGACACCAUCUCCUUCCUCUUUCCCUCCGUUUGUUGUACAGGAAAAAAAAAAUCACCUCUCGACAUCCACCUGGUGGAUUGAUACGCGGCAAUUUCUCUCCUUCACCUCGUCCUCCCCCGUCAAGAAAAUCUCUCAUCACCCCAUUUUUUGGAGGAGGGCGGUUCCACGACAACCCUCACACGUACACACGCAGGCCGCUGUUGCCAAUUAAUUUGACAAAGAAAUUCUUUCUCAUUCAUAUUAUCCCCUUAUCCGCCUCCUUUUUUCUUUUUUGUCGACAGCGUGCCUCCAUGGUGUGUGCACUGCAAUGCUGCUCCUUUACCUCCCUCCUAUCGUGGCUCUGAAAAAAACAAAGUUCUUUUUUUUUUCUUUCGAACGUUCAAAACUCGGAACUAGAUCCUUUUUUCCUCGCUGCUGCCCUCCUCCCUCCUCAUCGUUGGCGUAACUGAGUGAAGCUGUGCUAUGUGUCUCAAGUGUAUGUCCCUACAUCCCGGAUUCUUCAUUACUCUUUUUCUCGCUAUUAUCUUUCUCCUUUUUUUUCUCUUUUUCUAUCUCUCGUCUCUGAUAGGUUUUUUUUCCUUAUGCAUUCACCUACCCCCCAGCGUCAUGCCGAGUUAUUUUUUUAUGAUUUUUUAAAUGCAAUUUCAGUUCGUGAGUAGGUCAAUAUUAUUACAUACAAAAGAAAAACAAAAUAAUACAAUUGUUUCAGUAUCAGUUGUAAAGCCACUACCUACCUGUGCGUGUGCUGCUGGAAAACAAAGGAGGUGGGAGAAAAAACGAUCACAGAAAAAUAACAAAAAAAAAAGAGUUUAGGGUCAGGCUUUUCUUCUUUCAUUCUACCCUUAUGUUGAUUUGACGAUGGCGACAAAGUUAUAUGAUGAUUGCACACCCUCUAUUGUCCCUUCAUCCUCUUCUACCUUAUAAAAGAAAAUCCCGUUGAUUCAUUUUUUUCUCUCUCAUGUCCGACGCCCUUGUUGACGUUUCCAUUUUCUCGAAAAAAGAGAAGUUUUUGCAAAAACCCUUACCCUCUUCUUACCUUCGUCCCACCCCACCCCGUUCUUUCCGCGCUAGUAAAAGUGGCGAUUAAGGAAUGCGAGAGACGUGUCUACAACAACAGUUAAUUAAUUGCAUUGGUGUUUAUGUCGCAUGGCUGUAUGAUGAAUACAAAAGCUUAUAAAUACACUCGCGUGUACUGCCCAAAAA